UCAUCCAUAGGAAUAUUAAUAGAAUCAUCAGGAUUGGUAAGUAUUCUUUUCUUCAUACUUGAAUGUUUUUCUACAGAAGAGAGAAGAAAAUAAAUACAAGAAAUUACUCUCAAAAUGUCUCUGAUUAAAAAAUCGUACAAAAGAAUUUUUAAUUCGUAAAACACGAAUUAAAAGUACGUAGAAAAGGGUUUUUAAUUUUUGGUUUAAUAAGAAUUUAAAAUAUUUACAUACAACUCAUAAAAUGGCGGAUGGACAUGCUGAACCAGGUUGAUCCAAUCAAUGUAUCAAUUUUUUAAAUCUUUAAUUGCUAUAAGAUAUUGACUUUCUUAAAAAUUCAUACAUUUUAGAAUACAUGUGUUCAAAAUAUGUAUUCACUAAAUAUGUAUUCAAAAUACGACGCCAUAUUGAUUUCCGGCGUUAGAUGUCUGAACUGAGUUGCUCGUAAAUAUUUAUAUAGAGAGAACAAGAAUAUGUUUGAAUAAUUCUUUAGGAUCGCGAUUUUAUGACAGAUAUGUGAUAUCGAACUUAUCGCUAACGCAAUGGCAUCUACGAAUGAGUUCGGUCCAGAUUCUGGAGGUAGAGUGAAGGGAGUUACCAUCGUCAAACCUAUAGUUUACGGUAAUGUAGCACGAUAUUUUGGCAAAAAGAGAGAGGAGGAUGGCCACACUCAUCAGUGGACUGUAUAUGUCAAGCCAUAUAACAAUGAGGACAUGUCCACUUAUGUGAAGAAGGUACAUUUCAAGUUACAUGAGAGUUACAAUAAUCCUAAUCGAAUCGUAACGAAGCCACCGUAUGAAUUGACGGAAACCGGCUGGGGAGAAUUUGAGAUAGUCAUUAAGAUCUACUUCCACGAUCCAAAUGAACGUCCUGUUACAAUAUAUCACAUAUUAAAAUUGUUUCAAUCGACACCUGAGAUACAGUUGGGGAAGAAGAGUCUGGUGUCCGAAUUUUAUGAGGAAAUAGUCUUUCAAGAUCCAACAGCAUUGAUGCAGCAUCUGCUAAGUUCCAGCAGACCUAUGACUCUUGGUGUUUGGCGGCAUAAUACAGAUUUUGAAGCAAUGAAGGACUCUACGAUGAAAGCCAUUAUGGAGGCACGCAAUAAAAUAAGACUCGAAGUGAUUGAUUUGAAAGAAAAAUUGACUUUAGCAAAAGAGACUAUUGCAAAAUUUAAGGAAGAAAUUGCAAAGAUUUCUAAAGCUGGUGGGAGUUUAUCUGUUGCAUAGUUUUCAUUUUGGAAUGGAAAUAUUGAAUAAAUCAUACAUUGAUAUAGAUUAUUCCAAGACAAAAUUGUUUUAUGUAUUUGUAUAAAGUGUAUAUAACUUCAUAAUUAUGACUUGUAUUCUAACUUAACCUUAAGUAAGUAAUAAAAUCUUUUUAUAUUAUAA